AAGCUGAAGUGUUUGGGAGGAAAUUUUCAUAGUCAUUCGUCUUUGCAAUGGGUGUGCUCAGGUUCCAGCGUAUCUUCUUUAGGAGUUCUGUGGGAUCCAGUGGACUCACGCAAGCCGCGCUCACCCUCCUUCUGAUUAUAUGUUGCUCGACUCAGGAGUACAGAGCACCUCCUUUUAUUCCAAAUGUAUCUUUCCUCUGGGCCUGGAAUGUCCCAAGUGAAGAGUGUGAUACAAAUUUUAACGUGCAUCUAGAUCUGAACCUUUUCUCUCUAGUAGGAAGCCCUCGAAAAACUGCCAGGGGACAAAAUAUUACAAUAUUUUAUAAUAACAGACUUGGCUACUAUCCUUACAUAGAUGACAAGACUGGCAAAGGUAUGAAUGGAGAAAUCCCCCAGACUGGAAACAUGAUAAAGCACUUGGCGAAAGUCAGGGAAGAUAUUGACCAUUACAUAGAAGUAGACACGACGGGCCUGGGUGUCAUUGACUGGGAAAACUGGAGGCCUAUCUGGAUGAGAAACUGGAAACCUAAAGAUAUUUACAAGAACCUUUCUAUUGAGUUGGUUCACCAACAACAUGCAGAACUUAAUGACACAGAGGCCAACAAGAGAGCCAAAGCAGAUUUUGAAAGCGCAGGAAGGUGUUUCAUGGAAACGACCUUAAAACUGGUAAAAGAACUUCGGCCAAAUUAUUUAUGGGGUUAUUAUCUUUUUCCUGAUUGUUACAAUGGUUUUAAAGAAACCAAUUACAAUGGAAGUUGCCCUGAUAUAGAAAAGAAGAGAAACGAUAGACUCGACUGGUUAUGGAAGGAAAGCACGGCCCUUUUCCCAUCCAUUUAUUUGAUUGGCAAAUUCCAAUCUUCUCCAAAAGCAGCUCUCUAUGUCCGCAAUCGUGUUUUGGAAGCCAUUCGGAUUUCUGCAGUACACAGUGUUAAACAUCCACUUCCAGUUUUUGUAUAUACCCGUCCAGUUUUUGCUGACAUAGCUUUGAAAUAUUUUUCUGAGGAGGACCUUGUGAGCACAAUUGGUGAAACAGUUUCUCUAGGUGUUUCUGGAAUGGUAAUAUGGGGAAGCCUCAAUAUAAGCCAAAAUGUGCAAUCUUGCACAGAGCUAGACAAUUACAUGAAGAAUAAACUGAAUCCUUACAUAAUCAAUGUCACCCUAGCAGCCAAAAUGUGUAAUCAAGCGCUCUGCCAGGACCAAGGAGUGUGUAUAAGGAAACACUGGAAUUCAAGUGACUAUCUUCACCUGAACCCAGAGAAUUUUGUUAUUCAACUUGAGAGAAAUGGAAAAUACACAGUACAAGGGGAACCCACACUUGAAGACCUACAACAAUUUUCCCAAAAGUUUCAUUGCGCUUGUUAUGCCAAUGUCCAUUGUAUGGAGAGAGUUGAUAUGUCUGAAGUCCAUACUAUUAAAGUAUGUGUGCCUGGAGAUGUUUGUAUAGACACCUUUCUAAACUCAGGACCCGGUGGUCAUCCUUCUAGCCGGAAGGAGAAAUCUGCCACUUCCAGCAAUAUCUUAUCUGCCAUGCCACCUGCCACAGGGUCUCCAUGA